CUCUUAACCCUUGAACAUAUCAUAUGAAUAGCUUGAGGCAUUGUUGUAGACCAUCUAGCCGCAAUGGCAGCUAACAUCGUCUCACGAUUCUAUCGAACCAAUCUAUUACGCCCAGUAGCGUGCCCGAAAACUCUUCUCAAAACAAAUUCGCCAGCAAAUGGUCAGCAAACAACUCGAACCGUCUCCAGAACGCACGACGGCAUCGGAAAGAAACUGAUCUUCGUGAAAGAUGCAAAAGCCUCGCUUGGCGUGGAGCGGACUAAGCGUUCAGAUUUCAAAGACAAUGGUCCUUCAGCUAAAGCACCGUCAACGGAAAAAUCUAAACAAAUAGCGAGUAUCAAGCAAGUAAAUGCCACCAACCCGAAUAUCCGGGUCAUCGAGCUCCCUAAAGACAAAACGGGAGACCGACUUAUGGCGGCAGCAAGGGAGUUCUGGUUACAGCGUGUCCCUGGAGUGGAUCCGGAAAUGAGAAUGUUUCCUCUUGAGCUCCGGAAGCGGAUUCGGAAUGGGACACAGAGUUUGCACUUGGAAGUCGAUUUGAAGGGGGCGUGGAAUGAGUUUCGUCCCAACGGUAUCAGAUUUGCGGCUGAUGAGAAAUUGGGGCAGAUGUUAUGCCGAGCCUCAGGAAUUGAUAUUGCAGAUGGUAAAGAGGAAGAGGGAGCUGAGAGACAGCGGUUGUUUGCAGGUCUCAUAGUGACCGGAUUUUUGGGUUAUGUUGAGUAUCAUAGACGAACUCGCAACGAGGAGGGCAGUUGAGGUAUCACUCCAGGAUCGCGAUAUCGGAAGAUGGGGUAGGAUCAAGAGAAAUAAGUGAAGAGGAUGAAGUGGGAAGGGUGAAAC